AUGUCUAAUGCACGCACUUCAACAAUAACUCGAAAAACAAAUGAAACAGAUAUUAUUGUUAACCUACACCUAGAUUCUAUUGAAAGUCAAUCAAUUGAUAUUGAUUCUGGCAUUGGAUUCUUGAAUCAUAUGUAUCAUGCCCUUGCGAAACAUUCUGGCUGGUCACUUAAUUUAAAAUGUAAAGGUGACUUGCAUAUUGAUGACCAUCAUUCAGCAGAAGAUACUGCAAUUGCAUUAGGACUUGCAUUCAAACAAGCAUUAGGGGAGCCUAGAGGAAUAAAAAGGUUUGGAUAUGCGUAUGCACCAUUGGAUGAGGCAUUAUCACGCGCUGUUGUUGAUAUUUCAGGAAGGCCGUAUGCUGAUAUUAAUUUAGAUCUAAAACGAGAAAAGAUUGGUGAACUUUCCACCGAAAUGUUACCACAUGUACUCUCUUCUUUUGCCACCUCUGCUGGAAUUACAUUGCAUGUAGACGUAAUUAAGGGAAAGAAUGAUCAUCAUAGAGCUGAAUCGGCUUUUAAAGCACUUGCAAUAGCUAUAAAGCAAGCAACUGAGCGAACAGGAUCAAAUGAAGUCCCAAGUACAAAGGGUGUUCUAUAA